UGUUCUCUCUUGGCUCCCUUCAAAGUGUACUAAGCUGACCAAAGACCAUUCCUGUGUCUGAAUUGCUGCCUUUUUCAUUUUGUUUUUCUUCUUGUUGUUUAUCAUCCAGCCAUUCAUUCCCUUGCAUAACAAGAUUCAAUAUUGGAAAUCCUUGAGUUCUUGAGUUCCAGAUCUUUGCAUAGUCUCUCUGGUUCCAAUUCCGAGGCUGCUUUCUUGCUACCACCGUCAUCUUCCUCUCAUGGCCGGCCGCUACGACAAGAACCCCUUUGAUGAAGAAGAAGUCAAUCCCUUCUCUGAUCCAGCUGUGAAGGGAAAAACAUCAAGCCAAUCAAAUUAUAGUGGGGGUGCAUUUUACACCACAAAUCCUGGAAGCGUUGCCCCUGCGUCAAACUCAAGGCUUGCACCUCUUAAUCCUGAACCUGCUGAUUAUAACUAUUUUGGGGCCACCGUUGAUAUACCUCUUGAUUCAUCAAAGGAUUUGAAAAAGAAGGAAAAGGAACUCCAAGCCAAGGAGGCUGAAUUGAAAAGACGGGAACAGGAAGUCCGACGGAAAGAAGAAGCUGCUGCACGAGCUGGCAUUGUUCUUGAGGAGAAGAAUUGGCCGCCAUUUUUUCCAAUUAUCCAUCAUGAUAUUGCUAACGAAAUUCCAAUUCAUCUUCAAAGAUUGCAAUAUGUUGCAUUUACUUCAUUGUUAGGAUUGGUGUUGUGCCUUACAUGGAACGUUGUAGCUGUCACUGCAGCUUGGAUUAAGGGAGAAGGUGUAAAAAUAUGGUUUCUUGCUAUUAUCUACUUCAUAGCAGGGGUUCCUGGAGCAUACGUCCUGUGGUAUCGCCCAUUAUAUCGUGCUUUUAGGACUGAUAGUGCUAUGAAGUUUGGAUGGUUUUUUCUGUUUUACUUGCUUCACCUCGGGUUCUGCAUCUUAGCUGCAGUUGCUCCUCCUAUAGUUUUCAAAGGAAAAUCCCUGACUGGCAUUCUGUCAGCCAUAGAUGUGAUUGAUGACCAUACUGUGAUUGGGAUUUUAUACUUCAUUGGAUUCGGAUUAUUCUGCCUUGAAAUAUUGGUCGGCAUCUGGGUUAUUCAGCAAGUGGGUAUGUACUUCCGCGGCAGUGGUAAGGCUGCUGAGAUGAAGCGCGAAGCUGCAAGAGGAACAUUGAGGGCUGCUAUAUGAUAAAUCACCUUGUGAUUAUGUUUGUAUUGAUGUUGUAUAUUACUAGCCACAGAAAUUGCGAAUUAAAGUAUUUUACUGAGGUGAUUUUUUUGAACUGUUUCUCUUGUUUAACAUGUUCAUGUGGUUUGUUACUUGUUAGUGUAUAUUAUAAGCAGAGAGUUCAUCCUCUAUACAUGUAGUUCAUCCUCAAUCCCUUUUUUCCUUGACUUGUAACUAGAUCUGAAUGUUUGAUUAUCAAACAUUUUUUAUUUUACACGCAGAUUUCGUUAAUGUUUGAUUAAACCA